GAGUUUCAAAUUCACUUGGCUGAAUCAACACUAACUUCUCAAACUUUAGAAAAGUUGUGCAGUCCUCUCUGGCUUCGCAAGCGCUUACAUCCCCCCCCUCACAGGUCCUCUGCUUAGCUGUAUCAUGCAUGACAGUCAUGUUACACCGCUUGUCUUGCUGCUUUCAUUCUUCUCUGUCGGGUUGAUUGCGGAGACUGUUGUCCCAGAACUGGAGACUGAUGAAGUGGUUCCCAUGGUGCUAUUUGGAGAGGACACACACCUGCUGCUGCAGGACCAGACCCGGCGUUACCGCGACCGGCGCUCCCCCCAGGACGUCCCGGGUGGUCACGACACAACUCAUAAGGAUCACUUACUUCUGUUGCUUCCCGCUUUCGGAAAUAAUCUUUACUUGAAUCUUAGAAGCGACAACUCGUUCCUCUCUGACAACUUUGUCGUCGAGGAGAGGAAGAGAGGCAAGAGUCCCCAGCUGUCGCGGAUCCCCCAGGGCCAGCUCUGCUUUUACACAGGAUGGAUAGUCAACCACACGGACUCGUACGCCUCGCUCAGUACCUGCGGAGGCCUGAUGGGACUGGUCCAACUGGGCGAGCAGAGCGUGUUCGUCCAGCCCAGCAGCGACUCCUAUGACCCGGCUCAGUCCUUCUCCGGGCUCAGGCACCGCCUCACCAGACAGAGACGCUCCCCCAGGCCGGGCCCCGGGCCGGGGCCAGGGCCGGGGCCGGGGCCCGGGCCGGGGCCGCACACCAGCCAGGCCCCCGGCCCGGUGGGUGGCAAGCCCUGCGGCACGGUGCAAGGGAAGAAGAAGGGGAGGAGCCAGAGAGCGGGGGAGGAGCAACGCGGGAGGAGGAACGCCAUCCGGCUGACCGACUCGUACACGGUUGAGACGGUGGUGGUGGCGGACACGGACAUGGUCCGGUACCACGGCGCCGAGGCCGCCCGCCGCUUCCUGCUGACCGUCAUGAACAUGGUGUACAACAUGUUCCACCACCAGAGCCUGGGUGUGAGGAUCAACAUCCGCAUCACGAAGCUGGUGCUGCUCCACAGCCGACCGGACAGGCUGAAGGUGGGCCACCACGGGGAGCGCUCGCUGGAGAGCUUCUGCAACUGGCAGUACCACGAGUACGGCGGCGCCCGUUACCUAGGCAACAACCAUGUGCCCGGCGGCCGCGACGACAUCCCGCCCGUGGACACCGGCGUGCUGGUCACCAGGACAGACUUCUGCGUUCACAAGGAUGAGCCCUGCGACACAGUCGGGAUCGCUUACCUGGGAGGGGUGUGCAGUGCCAAGAGGAAGUGUGUGUUAGCUGAGGAUAACGGACUCAACUUGGCUUUCACCAUCGCCCACGAGCUGGGUCACAACAUGGGAAUGAGCCACGAUGACGACCAUGCCACCUGCACUGGUCACUCCCACAUCAUGUCAGGCGAGUGGGUGAAAGGUCGUAACCCCAGCGACCUCUCCUGGUCCUCCUGCAGCCGUGACGACCUGGAGAAGUUCCUCAGGUCCAAAGCCAGCGGCUGCCUACUGCACACGGACCCCCGGAGCCGGUACCAGGUACAGCUGCCCCCCAAGCUGCCCGGAAUGCACUACAGCGUGGACGAGCAGUGCCAGAUCCUGUUCGGCACCAACGCCACCUUCUGCAGUGACAUGGAGCAUCUGAUGUGCGCCGGCCUGUGGUGCCUGGUGGAGGGAGACACCUCCUGCAAGACCAAGCUGGACCCGCCGCUGGACGGGACCGACUGUGGGACCGAUAAGUGGUGCCGGGCCGGCGAGUGUGUGAGUAAGACCCCCAUCCCGCAGCACGUGGACGGGGACUGGAGUCCCUGGAGCUCCUGGAGCAUGUGCAGCCGCACCUGCGGCACCGGAGUCCAGUUCAGGCAGAGGAAGUGUGACAACCCACCGCCGGGCCCCGGGGGCAGAAACUGCCAGAAGGCCAGCGUGGAGCACAAGGCGUGUGAGGGGCCCCCCUGCCCUAAAGGGGGCCCCAGCUUCAGGGACCUCCAGUGUCUCUCGUACGACCGCCACGCCACCAAGAAGAAGACCAGCAUGCUGAUGGCCGUGAUCAACGACGACAAGCCCUGCACGUUGUUCUGCAGCCCCAUUGGCCGGGAUAUUCCCGUUCUGAUGUCGGACCGUGUGAUGGACGGAACCCCCUGCGGACCCUACGAGACCGACCUGUGUGUCAACGGCAGGUGCCAGGUAAAUACACACAUGCGCGCACACACGCACGCACACACACACACACACACACACACACACGUGUGUUUACGUGUGUGUGUGUGUACGUGUGUCGUGUGUGUGUGUGUCUGUGUGUGUGCAGGCGAGAGGAGGACGGUGGUGUCCUGCAUGAGGAUAGCCAAUAAGAGCAUGGAGCUGGUGAACGGCAGCCACUGCCAGCCCCAGAACCAGCCGCUCCCUCAGGUGCGAGUGUGCAACACGCACCCCUGCCAGUACCGGUGGGUGGCCGGUGAGUGGGGGGCCUGCUCGGUGACGUGUGAGCGGGGCUUCCAGCGGCGCGAGGUGGCCUGCAUGUACCAGCUCCAGAACGGCUCGCUCAUCCACACCAAGGAGCCGUACUGCCAGGGGGGGAAGCCCCCCGUGCUGCAGGGCUGCGAGGGCCGCCUCUGCCUCACCGUCUGGGAGGCAUCCGAGUGGUCCAAGUGCUCGUCAGACUGCGGGACAGGGGUCCGCACGCGCUCCGUGUCCUGCACCAACCCCCAGGGUCUCUGCGACCCCCACUCCCAGCCGGCUCAGCAGGAACCCUGCGAGGAAUACUCCAAGUGCUACGAGUGGAAGACCGGCGACUGGUCCAAGUGCUCCUCCUCCUGCGGCAAAGGCCUGCAGUCGCGCGUGGUCCAGUGUAUGCACAAAGUAACGGGUCGUCAUGGAAACGACUGCCCGCCGCCACUCAGGCUCCCCAACUACAGGCCCUGCCACCAGGGCGCCUGCAACGAGAAGAUCAACGUGAACACCAUCACCUCCCCCAGGCUAGCCGCCCUGACCUACAAGUGCAUGGGCGACCAGUGGACGGUGUACUGCCGCGUGGUGCGGGAGAAGAACCUGUGCCAGGACAUGCGGUGGUACCAGCGCUGCUGUGACACAUGCCGGAACUUUUACGCCAACAAGAUCCAGCACAAGAGCUCGAUAGCCAAAGCAACGACCGCUUCUUCACUCUAAACCGCACACCUUUUUAUAAAUGUGUUCCCUGAAGCAUCACCAUGAAACCCAACCACCCCAUUCACCACAGCCCGCUUCCUUCUCUUCCACUAUCGUCAAAAAACACUCUACGCCUCCAGCUUUUUUUUUUUUUUCGUAUUUUGCAAAAGGACUAUGCCAACCGAGAUGUUUAUUUCCGUCGCGUUUCUUUUUUUUUCCAGCGGUGUCAUAAGCUUCCAGAUUUUUGAUGAAGACUUGAAAACUGUUAAUUUCGUUCUGUGCCAAAGAAAAAGGCAGGUAUAAUGUCGAGGGGAGCAUUAAGGAAAAAAAAACAUCCUGUUGGCUUUAUUGCACAGAUUGAGGACAAGACAUCGACUACAUCCUGAAAAUAGAUGUUUUAAGGCUUAGAGACGUGGAUCCAACAUGGACGCCCAGAGAGCAGCUCUGCACUGGGUGACCUCCUUCCCUCUGGUUCGCUUUAUUGUACUGUAUUAUUGCUACGUACAUAUCUGAUACAGAAUUAUGUAUAUAUAUAUAUAUAUAUAUAUAUUUCCAGAUAUGUACAAUAUAUAUUAACUAAGAAGUAUGUAAACGUAAGGUCAAAAUUAAGGGUGGAAAUGAUAAUGAGAAUGAUAAUAUGAUUGUUAUCAUCACCAAGUGUGAAAACAAGGUAUGGAAAAUAGGUUUUCGAAAUGAGCGGGAUAACCGCUUGGGUGCUUUGGCCAACCGUGAUGUCAUAAUCUAAUCAGAGAGCAACGCACAUCCUUAGUAGCAGAACCCUGUUUCCCAGGUCCCAGCCUAGACCGAACUCCACUCUCAGGCUGUGAAAAGCUGUGAAGAGUUUGGGUGGUUUGUCGUUUCCAGAGGCUGGCCCAGCGGUAAUCUGAUGAGAAAGUUUUGUCCCUCAGCUCAACCGGAGUUUUGUGUUGUUGACACUUUACCCUUGGUUAUUCGUCUCUUGGUGUAACAGGCGCUGUGAGAAGCCACACAGACAUGAGGACAUCCAACAGUGAAUCCAUGUAUUCAGCCCCAGUGGAUGAGUGCCAGACACUGCAUGCUAAUGCGUUUAUGUGUGCAUAGUACACAGGACAUGUAUUACAUUAGGUUGGCGAAGAUGUUUACGACGACGUUAAACAUUUUGAGAGGCAGGCUUGAAAGAAGAUCUAUGUUUAAUGUGAAGCAGACGUGCCUUGCACAACAGGUUAAGUCUGGCAGGCCACGGAUGGAUCCAGAUGCUUGCGAGCACACCCCAACAUUUACUACAAUUCAGUAGUAAAUGUUGAACAGAUUUAAACAGAAAAACACAAUGGACUGGCAAUAUCUGUAGGAUGAGAAUGCAAGGCUCUUGAAACUAGUUUGGGAGAUGAGGAUAAACGUUGUGUGGCGAAUCCUCUCCCAAUGUUUUCUGUGCCUUUUUUUACUCCUUUUCUCACUAGGCUGUCAAUUGUUUCAAGAAGGCCUUUAAUCUUUUGCUAUUUUUCAUUCAUACAAGACGAUCCAAACAGAAACCGCUACCCCAGACUGUGUGUGUGUGUGUCUAUGUGCGGUGUGUGUGUCUGUUUAUCUGUGUGUGUGUGUGUGUGUGUGUGUGUGUGUGUGUGUGUGUGUGUGUGUGUGUGUGUGUGUGUGUGU